CAAAAAGACACUCUUUUAACGUGCUGAAUACCUGCCUAGUCUUCCUUCUGACCUAGGAUUGAACAUUCACGACCGUCAUAAAAAAAAAUCCAAGACUACCAGCCCCACCCCCAGGAUAGAUAGAUAUCUGGCCGAGCUCAAUAUCCAACCAAAAAGAGAGAGAGAGAGAGAGAGAGAGAGAGAGAGAGAGAGAGAGAAAGAAAAGAGAAUCUACAAAUCUGCCACAAUGACUAUCCCUCUACAAACAAUCACCUCCCUCCGAACAACCUUCAACCCAUUCGCCCGCUCCUCCCGUCCCUGCAGACUCUUACUCUCCCUCCUGCGCAAUCCCUCCACAACGCCCGCCGGCAGCGCCACACACAUCGACAUCAAAACCACGCAGCUGCCGCGGACCUCGACGCAGCUCCCCGAGCUAACGGUGGGCUUCAAGGGCGGCAAGGAAGUCAAGAUUGAAGUCGGGAAGCGACAGAUGAAGAUUGGGGAUGUUGUGGAGGAGAUUGCGCGUGUAGGAAGGGCAAUUGAGAGAGAGGAAAGUCUGAAGGGCUAAGUGGAUUGGUUUUUAUUCGUUAAAGGGGUCCAACCGCAUUGCGUGCUUUUUUUUUUUUUUUUUUUUUUUUUU